UUCAUCGGCAACGGCAAUGGAAUCUCAAACAGUGCCGGCGACAUCAGACGCUGCAAUUACUCCUGCUGAGGACGGUCCCGAUAACGCCACCGAACAACUUCCGGUGACGCCGGCGACAACGACACCGGCAGCGGCUGCUCCAGCUGCGACGGUGACACAGGAGGAGAAGAAAUGGCCAGGGUGGCCUGGAGACUGCGUGUUUCGUCUCAUCGUCCCCGUUCUUAAGGUGGGAAGCAUCAUCGGCCGCAAAGGCGAUGUCAUCAAGAAGAUGUGUGAGGAGACUCGGGCUCGCAUUCGCGUCCUUGAAGGUGCCAUAGGCACUGCUGACCGCAUCGUACUGAUAUCUGGAAAGGAAGAGCCAGAUGCACAAAUUUCUCCUGCAAUGGAUGCUGUAAUUAGAGUAUUCAAACGGGUUCAAGGAUUACCUGAGAAUGAGGGUGAUGAUGCAGGUUCAGUAGCUUCUGGAGGUGUAAUGUGUUCAAUCAGGUUAUUGGUGGCAUCAUCACAAGCCAUUAAUCUAAUUGGAAAGCAAGGGUCUCUAAUAAAGUCAAUACAGGAGAGCACAGGAGCAACUGUGCGGGUCCUAUCCGGAGAUGAAGUGCCAUUCUAUGCCACUUCCGAUGAGAGAAUUGUAGAGAUACAAGGAGAAUCCUUAAAGGUUCUUAAAGCACUAGAAGCAGUAGUUGGACACUUGAGAAAAUUCUUGGUUGAUCAUAGUGUUAUUCCUUUAUUCGAGAAAACAUAUAAUUCAACAAUCUCCCAAGAUCGUGGGGUAGAGGCCUGGCCCGAUAAAAUGCAAAAUAUGCAUCAUACGGCUUCUCAAACUGGUAUUAGCAGUGAUUAUUCGAUUUCUUUGAAGAGGGAUUCUCUAUUUCUUGAUCGUGAAACUCAGCUGGAUUCUCAAAUUCCACACUCUGGACUAUCCCUGUAUGGACAAGACCCUGCACUUUCUGGGAUACGCUCAUCAACACUUGGUCGUCCUGCUGCUCCAAUAGUUACACAGGUUACACAGACAAUGCAGAUACCUCUAUCCUAUGCAGAAGACAUUAUUGGGACUGGAGGAGCUAAUAUUGCGUAUAUUCGCCGUACCAGUGGAGCCAUCCUCACUGUUCAGGAGAGUAGGGGUCACCCAGACGAGAUCACCGUGGAAAUAAAGGGAUCCUCAUCACAGGUUCAGACAGCUCAACAACUUAUUCAGGAAUGUUUCAGUAGUCACAAAGAACCCAUCUCAAGCAGCUAUGGCAAGCUGGACACUGGGUUGAGGCCUUACUCACAACUGACUGAUACUUCCUAUCCAUCAUCCUCAUUGUCGACCCAACCGCUUGGUGGAUAUGGAUCCUCUGGAGGAUACAGUAGCUAUAGGUUCUAAAUCAUGUUUUGGUUUUUCAAUUGAUUCCUAUAUGGAGCAGUUCUGUACUUCUGUUGCCUUGUAAAGUCUAGAGAUUGGAACCUCUGUUUUUCCUACUUUGAUCAGUAUUAAUUGAGUAGGUCCAUUCCAGUGGUUAGCACUGACUACUUUCUUUGUCUCAGAAAAUGUUUAGGGAAAACAAGACAA